UGGUCAGCUGUUGCUUACUUUACCGUUGUUCUUGUUGUUUCUUUUUUUGGCCAGCCUGUUGUGUAACUAGGCCCCAAGAUACUGUUGCUGCUCCGUUCCUCCUGGCCAGAAGAAGAGGGGGCGGUUGAAAAAUCGAAGCGAGAGAGCCAUUGGAAAAAGCAAUAACAAACUGCAACAACGCACUUGGGGCUCUCUCUCAAAAUAAACAGUUUGCCUCUGAUAAGGACAAUAAAAGUGCUUUGUGUGCGAAAAAGUGCUAAUCUUAAGGGGGAGUUAGUAAUACACAAACUCUGCCUUCGGACUAUUCAAUCAUUCUUUGUGCUUCUGCAGAACCUGCAGGUGACAAAAUGCGCUGCAGCGGAGAAAAGGAUACCCCGGCGACUGCAAGUCGCGGAUACAAACACCGGUGGCUGGCUUGCCUCUCUUUGUUGGUGUGUUUAUGCUGCCGCGGGAGCUAUGCCGCUGACGCAGUUGAUCAGCUGAAAUUUUCCACUCAGGAAUGCAAAAUUAAGGAACCCAUAUAUGGCAGUACCUUUGACUUUAGUGGCCUCCGCUCGGAUCUGGGUCAUGUUGUGGAAAGUCCCAGAAUUCCCGGAGAUAAAUUCGAGUUUAAUAUAUGCGGAAAUCUUUCGCGAACCUGUAAUGGUGAGAGCAAUGUGGCAGCCUGCCUUAAGAAACAGGGCAAGGAGUACAUUCUAGGUCGCCAACAUGAGCUUUUCUACAGGAAUGGCAAGAUGUAUCUGGAGUACAAGAGCGGCGUCAAGUGUGAAAAUGGCACAGCCGACAAACCCAACUAUCAGCUUCAUGUAAUGCUAAGCUGCGACUACACCAUAGAUGUCCAGCCCAUGCAUGUUACGUCCUAUUCUGACGACGCCUGCUCCUUCUACAUUUCCUAUGAGACCCCGCUGGCCUGCCUUCGCAUUCCCGAUGCCCUUCAAUCGAAUAGUUGCAGCGUACGGGAUAACAAGUCGAAUGGAACCUUUGAUUUGAUGCCUCUGAGUGAUAGUAACUAUCGCACCAGCAAUCGUCAGGACGCUGUUUUUGUGAUCAAUGUCUGUAAGCCUGUUCUCUAUGGUGAAAACAGCAUGUGUCCUCCAGGCAGCAGCGUAUGUCUGUUCAAUCCUAAAGCCAAGGACCUAAAGCAGCGUUUCAUCAAUUUCGGAAAUGUACAGUCGCGUCCAGUGGUCGAAAACGGGCAGCUUCUGCUCCGGCAUGAGUCACCAACGCCCUGCGCGAAGAAUUCUAGCGUUAACUAUACCAGUGUCAUAUACUUCAGCUGUGACAAGUUUAUACGCAAUGCCCAUCCCGAGUACGCAGGCCUCGGAGCGGACUCCUGCACCUACCAGUUCAACUUUGUCACGCCGCUGGCCUGCAAUGAUCUCAAACCCUGUACGGCUUUCACGGCCACAAAUGAGCUAUUGGAUCUCAGUCCGCUGAGCUCGAAGCCAGACCGCACUUUGAUUAAGGAUGGCAGAAACUAUACAAUUGCAGUGUGCGCCCACGCUGGGAGCCCCUGCCAGGAAAAUGGCGGCGCCUGCUACGAACAGAAUGCCACAACCAUCAGCCUGGGCAACUUCAACUCGCAGCUGAGAUUCAAUCAGAGCGGCUCGCUCUAUUUGCUCUACGAGGACGGUGCCGAGUGCCCCUCAGCGGCGGGAGGCAGCAGCCGCUGGUCGACGAAAAUCGAGUUUGUCUGUGCGAACAAUGCCACCAAGGACAAUGCGGGAGCUGGAGCUGGAGCUGGAACUGGAGGCGGUGAUUCUUUGAAAAUAAUUGAGGACUCCAAUUGCCAGCUGUUGAUCCAAUAUCAGACGCCGCUUGCCUGCCGUGAGCCGAUUAAGUGCAAGGCCCCCAUCUAUGUGGACCACACCGCGGAGGGACUGGGGAGCAGUGGCGUCGAGCUGAUCGAUCUAACGCCAUUGAUUAGCGACAGCGACAACUACGAGGCACGAGUGGAGCUGCCCACCGGCAUGGAGCACCUGGUGCCCAAAGCGACCAAGUUCUUUUUGAAUGUGUGCCGUCCAUUAGUGCCCAAAUACCAAUUAGGCUGUGCCGGCGGAUCUGCUGCCUGCAUGGCCAAAGUGACGGCCGAUGGCGCCCCCGAGGAGGAGCGUAGCAUGGGAUUUCCGCUGGUAUCGCUGUCGCAAAGGAAUCGUACCUCCGCCGAGUUGUUGUACUUGAAGGGCGAUCCUUGUCCGACGGACAACAGUACGGAGCUGUCCACGCACAUGCUCUUCAACUGCAAUAUGCGUGCGGGUCGGGGGCAACCGGUGCUGCGUUCAAUCGAGGACUGCACCUACAGAUUCGAGUGGGAGACGAAUAUCUUUUGCCCGCCGCACGAGUGCACCUUCAGUGCGGACACCUGUGAACUGGUCCACGACGAACUGGGCCAUCGCUUCAACUUUAAGAGUGCGCACUUCACCAACGACGGCAAGGUUCAGAUCGACUACAAUGCCACGAAGAUGUCGGUAAAUAUUUGCGGAGCUCGCCGCAAGGCGAUGACGGACUAUUCACAGUCGCUGGUCAACAUAUUCUUCACACACGAGUCACCUAAUUGCGGCAAGGAAGGCACGAUGAACGUCCAGAUCCGCCUGAUAUGCAGUAACCAGACGGAGAGCAGCAGUCUCAUCUCAAGCGACCAGCAAUGCAAUUUGCUUUAUGUGCAGCGAACGCCGAGCAUCUGCCAGUUCCUUUCCCUCGAUGUGGCCCAGCAGGAUGCCCAAGGCGGUGGCUCCAGUAGCUCCAGCUCGACUAGCACCAGCACCAGCACCAGCACCACUAGCACCACGACAACGACGACGGCUUCGCCAGCGGGUAAGCCAACUAAGGCAGCCACGUCGACAACUACAACGACAACAGCUGGCCCUGAUCCGGCGGCUACUCCCAUCGGGCCGACGGCCUCCGUGGGCACCAUCCUGGCGGCCAUUUUGUCGGUGACCUUCUGUGUGACGUGCCUGGGACUAUUCGCCUUUUCGCCGGCGCGAAGGCAGCGCGUGCGUCGCUUCUUCCGGCGCAGCAACUCGGCGGUUCGCUACUCCGGGUGCAGUCCAACGAGGAGGCCAACCUGCUGCUGGAGCCCAAUGGAGAGUUCACUGAGAGCGAUGAUGACAUGCUGCUUUAGGUGGACCAACGUGAAUCCAAGUCGUCGAAGGAGGACACAUCUUGGCCAUUAAUAGGGGGGGAAAACAAAGUGGUGGAACGGAACCGAAACCGGAACGGUGGUAGCUAGAUAAAGACACUAAGAUCCCAAAGUGAGAAACACUGAACACCAAAGACAUAACUGAAAAAUGGAACUGAUUGUGAGUUACAAAAAAAAAA